UAUCUUGAAUCGCGAUAAGAAGUUGAUAUCUUUAUUGGCUCGAAGGUUGUGUUCAUAUUAAAUUGAAAAAUAGACCCUUCGUAAGGAGAAGAAUUAGUAAAUAUAAAUGUGACGCGAUAGAUAGAUUUACGCUUACGAUUACUCGAAUUAUUAUUAAUAUCUUUAUUUUGAAUCCUUUUCAUUUUUAUUUGUUUCUUUUUUACCUUUCUCGGACUAGCUAUUUUCCCUCCCUCUCUUUACUAUCUGUGUAUGCCACUCUCUUGUGAAAGUUAACAUAGCCGCAUGGAACGCGGGGGCUUUCGUGAAUCGUCCUAUACGCCUUCUUGGUAGAUCCGUAAUACCACCAUCGCCAGUCGGUCGCUUAGCGAUUACCUCUGACUUCGACUUUCACUUUGAGAGCUACCAAGUAUCUCUGUCUCUGUUUCUCUUUCUCUAUUUAUCCAUCUCUCUCUUUCUCGCUCUCGCUCUCUCUCUCUCUCUUUCUCUCUCUCUCUCUCUCUCUCUCUCUCUCUCUCUCUCUCUCUCUCUCUCUCUUUCUUGCUCUCUAUCCAUCUAUAUCUUUUAUUUCCUCUCCUGGUACAUCUUUCUCUUUCAUUCUUCCUUCGUUCGCCAAUGUGAUCGAACUCUUAAAGUGAUCGUUCUCUGUUAAAUGUUUAAAAGACGGAUAGUGUUUCUAGGGGGGAUGGAAAAAGAAAAAUGCGAUUUUUCUUUAAGUGUUUAAUAUCUUUAUGAUUUGACACCUAUCUGUGAUUUAAUAUUAAAAAUCGGAUAAGUGAAAAGAAGAAAAGGAACGAUAAAGGAAAAAGAAAAAAAAAAAAAAAAAGAAAGGAGAAAACAACAAAAAUAUUACGAAAUAUGUAUUGAAAAAAUUUUUGGAUAUUCAUACAUCGAUCACGUUCUCGAUCACUCCAGAAGCAUAGUCAAGAGAUUCGUUUGAAACAGGAUGUCAAAGGCUCCAAAACAUAAUGGUAGCAUACAUGGCGGCGGGGUCACUGGACCAGAUGAUUUUUCCGAUGGAGAGAGUACGCCUGUUAUUCAAGAUUACACCGAUAGAAGACCAGUCGAAGAAACAAAAGAAUGGGAUGUCUUCAGAGAUCCACCACCGAAAAUCGAUUCGGGCUCAAUGGCAAAUCAAAAAUGUCUUGAAAGGACCGUACAAUUAACAAAAUUUUUUGUCUAUUUAAUCGUCUUCGUCAUAGUAUUAGUUAGCGGUGUAAUUUCUAAAGGAACGAUCUUUUUCAUGACGUCCCAAUUGAGAUCAGAUCAUAGAAUUCCUUAUUGCAAUAAAGAUUUAGGCCGAGAUAAACAUUAUGUAGCAACAUUACCAGAAGAAGAAAGAAUAGCAUGGAUAUGGUGUAUUAUAAUCGCUUUCGCCGUACCAGAAUUUGGCGCAUUGAUACGUAGUAUACGUAUAUGUAUUUUUAAGUCAUGGAAAAAGCCACCAUAUUCUCAUUUUUUCCUUGUAUUCCUUAUGGAAACAUUUCAUGUCGUAGGACUUGCGCUUAUGUUUUUCUUAGUACUACCAGAUGUUGACGUUGUAAAAGGAGUGAUGUUAACUAAUUGCGUCUGUUUUGUACCCGGAUUGUUAGGACUUUUGUCGCGCAACAAAAACAAAGACGAAUCGAAAAGAUUUAUUCUCGUACUAGUUGACCUUGCUGCAUUAACUGCUCAAGCAACGAGUUUCGUCCUUUGGCCUUUACUAGACACAUCAAGACCUUCCUUAUGGAUUAUCCCACCUUCCUUGAUACUCGUAUCAUGUGGUUGGUGGGAAAAUUAUGUUUCUAUGCAAAGCAGUAUCGGCUUUGUCACAAUGCUGGCCCAAGUAAAGAGAGAAUUGAGACUGACUAGAUAUUUUACAUACAUGUUCGUUUCAUUCUGGAAGAUUAUAGCAUUUUUCAUUAGUGUUUUAACGGUGCUAUACAUGAGAGGCGAGAAUAUUGGUCAUUUAUUUACAAUGUUUCCUACUGCAUUUGGACAGCACAAAAUUAUUGUUCACACAGUCGUACAAACUAAUGGUACAUUAUCAGAUCUAAAAGACGUUUUAUUAAACAGCGAUAUCGACAUCGAUGCUGACUUUAAUACACCUAUUUAUGUCUUAUUGUUACAAAUAUUCAGCGCAUAUUUCGCUUAUAUUUUUGGCAAGUUCGCGUGUAAAAUUCUGAUACAAGGAUUCAGUUAUGCAUUCCCUGUAAAUCUUACAAUACCAGUAACUAUUUCCUUGCUAAUUGCUGCCUGUGGUCUACGUAAUAGCAAUCCUUGCUUUUUCCAUGAUAUUAUACCAGAUUAUCUUUUUUACGAAUCACCACCACUGUAUUUUUUAAACGAUUACAUAACUCAACAAUACGGCUGGGUUUGGUUACUUUGGUUGCUCUCUCAAACUUGGAUAACUUUACAUAUUUGGACACCAAAAUGUGAACGUUUAGCAGCUACUGAAAAAUUAUUCGUUGUACCUAUGUAUGAUUCAUUGCUGAUCGAUCAGUCAAUGGGUUUAAAUAGAAAGAGAGACGAUCAACCGGAAGUUAAAGUGGAGGAUUUAGCAGAGAUAGAAAAAGAAAAAGGUGAUGGAGAUUAUGAAACUAUAUAUGAACAAACAGAUGGCUCGACCACUCCACCUUCAAUGGUAAAAAGUAGCGACCAUGUGACCAGAAUAUACGCGUGUGCUACCAUGUGGCAUGAAAACAAGGAAGAAAUGAUGGAAUUUUUAAAAAGUAUUUUGCGACUGGACGAAGAUCAAUCAGCUAGACGUGUCGCACAAAAAUAUCUUAAAGUCGUUGAUCCGGAUUAUUAUGAGUUCGAAACUCAUAUCUUCUUCGACGACGCUUUCGAAUUAUCCGAUCACGACGACAACGAAUCACAAGUUAACCGAUUUGUAAAAUUACUCGUUUCAACGUUAGAUGAAGCAGCGACCCAUGUCCAUAGGACAAGAACGCAUGUCAAAGAUCCAAAAAAAUAUCCAACUCCUUAUGGUGGACGAUUGGUAUGGACUCUUCCUGGUAAAACUAAAAUGAUCGCACAUUUGAAAGAUAAGAGUAAAAUUCGUCACAGGAAAAGAUGGAGCCAGGUCAUGUACAUGUAUUAUUUAUUGGGACAUCGAUUAAUGGAAUUACCCAUUAGCGUGGAUCGCAAAGAAGUUAUUGCUGAGAAUACGUAUUUAUUAACACUAGACGGUGAUAUUGAUUUUCAACCAGCCGCUGUAAAACUUCUUGUUGAUUUGAUGAAAAAGAAUAAAAAUCUUGGUGCGGCAUGUGGUCGUAUUCACCCAGUUGGUUCAGGUCCUAUGGUUUGGUAUCAAAUGUUUGAAUAUGCGAUUGGUCAUUGGCUGCAAAAAGCAACGGAACAUAUGAUCGGCUGUGUACUUUGUAGUCCUGGUUGUUUUUCCUUGUUUAGAGGAAAAGCUUUGAUGGACGAUAAUGUAAUGAAAAAGUAUACAACAAGAUCCGAUGAGGCAAGACAUUACGUACAAUAUGAUCAGGGAGAAGAUCGUUGGCUUUGUACAUUACUUUUACAACGUGGCUAUAGAGUCGAAUAUUCAGCGGCAAGUGAUGCUUACACUCAUGCACCAGAAGGAUUUAAUGAAUUUUACAAUCAACGCCGUCGAUGGGUACCUUCUACUAUAGCUAAUAUUAUGGAUUUAUUGAUGGAUGCCAAACGGACUAUUAAAAUCAAUGAUAAUAUUUCUCUUCCAUAUAUAUCUUAUCAGAUUCUCCUAAUGGGUGGUACUAUACUUGGACCAGGUACUAUUUUUCUUAUGUUAGUCGGUGCAUUUGUAGCAGCUUUUAAAAUUGACAAUUGGACAAGUUUUUACUACAAUAUUAUACCAAUUUUAUUGUUUAUGAUUAUUUGUUUUACGUGCAAGGCAAAUAUACAGCUUCUGUGCGCACAAAUAUUAUCUACGGCUUAUGCUAUGAUCAUGAUGGCCGUAAUCGUAGGUACGGCUCUUCAGCUCGGAGAGGACGGGAUAGGAUCACCCUCAGCGAUAUUUUUAAUAUCAUUAUCGGGAUCAUUUUUCAUAGCAGCCUGUCUACAUCCUCAAGAAUUUUUGUGUAUCAUUCCUGGCAUUAUAUAUCUUUUAUCUAUUCCUUCUAUGUAUCUUCUUCUUAUAUUAUACUCGAUUAUAAAUCUUAAUGUUGUUUCCUGGGGUACUCGAGAAGUUCAAGUGAAAAAGACAAAAAAGGAAUUGGAACAAGAGAAAAAAGAAGCGGAGGAAGCUAAGCGCAAAGCGAAACAAAAAUCUUUGUUAGGUUUUCUUCAAAACGGUGCUGGAACAAAUGACGAUGAUCAAGGUUCGAUCGAAAUUUCUCUGGCUAGUUUAUUCAAGUGUAUGUUUUGUACGCAUGGUAAAUCAUCGGAUGAGAAACAACAGCUUGUUGCUAUCGCUGAAUCAUUAGAACUACUUGGCAAAAGAUUGGAAACGAUUGAAAGGGCCGUUGAUCCACAUGCGCAUGUUUCUGGAAGAAGACGAGCAUCCUCCGUGGGUAAUCGUACAAAUGAUGCCUUGGGUGCAAUAGGUGAAGAUCCAGCCGAGAAUGAAGAAUGUCACAGUGAAACAGAAACCGUAACUAGCCAAAAUUCGGGAGAAAAUCGUGAGGGUAGUAAUUUCUUAACGAGACCUUAUUGGUUGAGCGACGAAGGAUUGAAAAAAGGCGAAGUGGAAAUUUUGUCGUUACAAGAGGAACAGUUUUGGAAGGAUUUGCUUGAAAAGUACCUAUAUCCUAUAGACGAAGACAAAGCGGAAAAGGCACGAAUUGCUAAAGAUCUAAAGGACCUACGCGACCAGAGUGUUUUUGCUUUCUUUAUGAUGAAUGCCCUCUUCGUCCUCAUCGUCUUUUUGCUACAACUAAACAAAGACUUGUUACACGUGAAGUGGCCAUUUGGUAUCAAGAUGAACAUCACCUAUGAUGAAUACUUGCAAGAGGCCCGAAUCGCUGGAGAUCUGAUUGAACUGCGCAACAAGAGUGUCUUCGCAUUUUUAAUGUUCAAUGCCUUGUUCGUACUGAUCGUAUUCUUGCUACAGCUGAACAAAGAUCAAUUACAUAUCGUAUGGCCGCUCGGCGUCAAGACAAACAUCACCUACGUUGAAGAAACGUCGGAGGUACACAUUACCAAAGAAUACUUGCAACUUGAGCCUAUUGGUCUGGUGUUCGUGUUCUUUUUUGCAUUAAUUCUAGUCAUUCAAUUCACUGCUAUGUUGUUUCAUAGAUUUGGUACUUUUGCCCAUAUCUUGGCGAGUACCACACUGGAUUGGUUCUGCUGCAAAAAAGAUGUUACAGAGGAGACUUUAUCAUCUCAACAAGCAGUGGAUAUGGUUAGAGAUUUACAAAAAUUAAAUGGUAUGGAAGGUGAUUACGAUGAAGGUAGUGGUAAUGGACCUGGUCGUAGAAAAACAAUAAGAAAUCUUGAAAAGAGUAAAAGAAAAGCACAAUCGAUAAACACACUUGAUGUUGCAUUUAAACAUCGCUUCUUUAGUAUGUCUGAAGGAGCAGGUUUGCCCGGAAACAUGUCUACACGACAUUCAGUGAAAGCUUUAAAAGCUUUAGAGGGUAGACGAAAUAUCGUCGAAAUGGCAAUGCGAAGGAAAUCACAAAUGCAAACUUUAGGAGCAAUUAACAAAUAUGGAGUGGCAGGUAAUCCUCUUGGUAUUCAAGGGCGACCUUCAAGAAGUAGUCAAAUAUCCGUAAAGGAUCUCUUUGAAGAUCGUGGACAUACAAAUCCUGGUUAUGAACCCGAUGAAAGUCCUAGAGAUAGUCUUCGAUUGCAAAAUCUUAAACAACAUGCUUGGCGCGAAGCCAACACCAAUGUUUAACGCUAGAAUAUUUUAAAAACAAAUUCAAAAUAUAUUCAAUAUUUGAAAUUAAAAUAUCAUAAUCAAUCGAAUAAUAGCAUAAAAAUAGUAAUUAAAUAUAGAUUAUUGUUUUCAUUUUUUUCCUCUAUACCAGCAUAUUUGAGGAGUAACAUUUUUUGUAUUUAUUUGUUAUAAUAUUUAUUCAAUGAUUAAUGAAAAGAUAUAGUUCAAGCAAACUCCAGUGUAUGAAACACUGUCAAAAUUGCAAUAAAAUUUGUUUAAUAUUGAACUUAUUCAAUUUUCUUCCUCAUAGCAUUAAAAAUGAUUUUGCAUUUUAAAAUUUAAUAUGUGUAUGUUCAUAAGAUAACGAAUAGGGGAUAUCUACGUCUAUAUAUUUUACUGAAUAAUAUACUCAUAUAAAAGCAAUUAAAAAAAUAUUGACUGUAAUAAAAUAAUAAUAUUUAUUUGCUCUAUUAUUCAUCUUAUAUGUGAUAAAAUUAGGAUUUAAAUUAUAUAUAUUAUGCGUGCGUGCACGCGUACUACUGUAUAUGUUUAUACAUUUUUAAGCAUGACAAUAUGCCAUAUGGAAAAUAAAUUUCAAAAAUUCAUAUAUCAAUAA